GUCUCAAGUGGCGACUGUGGUUCGACCGUCUGCUGGAAAUCUUAGGGAUCAACGUCUUCCGCUCGCACAUGUUGGAACAGGAACGAGCAACAGUGAGGAAUUCAGAAUUUUUCGGCGUCCGAGGAUCCUUCGUGUGCCGGGCACAAGUGCGAAUACCACUUAAGGUCGUCAGUUAAAACAGAGUUAUCAAAGUAUGGAAGCGAACGCUUUUGCGGCUGAAUCUCUUUCAGAUAGUUCUCAAAGAUAUCACGAUCUGGCACUUGAGCACUGGAGAUGCUACGAGCAAUCAGGGAAACAAGUAGAGCUCGACACUUCUAUUGCUCACGAUCGUUCUACACUUGAACUUCGACCUGACGGUCAUCCUUGUCGUUUCGGAUCGUUGUGUAACCUUGCGAUGUCUCUUCGUACCCGAUACAGAUUAUCGAGUCAAAUGGAAGACAUAGAAGAAUCGAUCGAGUUAGACCGAUCUGCCUUAAAGCUUUGCCCAAAAUUUCAUCCUAAUCACUCUUCGUCACUUCGUAGCCUUGCCACGUCCUUAUGCACUCGAUACGAGCAGCUUGGAUGGGCUAAGGACGUUGAAGAAGCAAUUGAUUUGAACCGAGCUGCUCUAGUGUCUUGCCCAGAGGGCUGUCCUGAUCGAUCUAAGUCCAUUGCCAACCUUGCAAUUUGUCUGAACUUGCGAUACGAGCGGCAAGGACGUGCUGAGGACCUUGCGGAGGCUAUCGAGUUGGAUCGGGCUGCUCUGGAGCUACGCCCCGAGGGUCACCAGGAGCAUUUUUUGUCUAUGAACACCCUUGCAAACUCGCUGCACACUCGAUUCUCACGGCAGGGAAGGAUCAAGGACCUUGAAGAGGCCAUUGAGCUGCACCAAGCUGCUGUACAGCUUUGCCCCAAAGGCCAUCCAAUUUAUUCUAUGACUCUUAACGACCUCGCAUCAUCUCUGCGCUCUCGGUACGAGCUGCACGGGAGAGAUGAUGAUCUUGGGCAAGCAGUUGAUUUGGACCGAGCGGCUCUCCUGCUUUGCCCAGAAGGCAAUCCCAAUCGUUCACCCUCUUUACGCAACCUUGCAACGUCACUACGCACUCGAUAUCAGAGUUACGGAAAGACUGAUGACCUUGAAGAGGCCAUCGAGUUGCACAGGGCUGCCCUCGACCUCCGCCCAGCAGGCCAUCCCGAUCGUUCGACCUCUCUCGCCGACCUUGCAAUUUGCAUAGGAAUUCGAUACCAGCAGCUUGGAAGGAAUGAGGACCUUGAGACCGCCAUCGAAUUAGAACGAGCUUCCUUAAAGCUUCGCCCCGAGGGUCAUCCUCACCGUUCUUCCUCUCUCAGCAAUCUUGCAACCUGCACGCACGCUCGAUACAUAUCGUAUGGCAGUACUGAAGACCUUGAGGAGGCCAUCAAGCUGCAACGAGCUGCAUUAGCGCUUCUGCACAUAGGCCACCCUCUUCGCUCUACUUUACUCGACAACCUUGCAAAUUAUCUGUCUGGUCGAUAUGAACAGCAUGGAAGGAUUGGCGACCUCGAGGAAGCAAUUCAAUUGCAUAGAUCCGCCAUGAUGCUCCGCCCUGAACAUCAUUGCGAUCGCGCUUCCACUCUCAGCAAUCUCGCAAGCUCUCUGAUUAUUCGAUACGAGCGACAAGGAAGGGCCGAGGACCUGGAGGAGGCCAUCGAGUUGGAUCGAGCUGCCCUCGAGCUUCGACCCGAAGGACACCCUGAUCACUCUAUGUCUCUCAAUAACCUCGCUAGUGCCUUGUACACGCGAUAUAGGCAGCAUGGCAGAACUGAAGAUCUUGAGGAUGCUAUUCAGUUUUACCGAACUGGUGUGGAGCUUCGUCCUGAAGGCCAUCCAAAUCGUUCCUCUUCGCUGCAGAACCUCGCAAAUUCCUUGUACGCUCGGAUAGAGAAACAAUGGAACUCGAAGGAUUUUGAAGAAUGCAUGUUAUCACUAGAGCUCGCCGCUACGCAUAGCUUCUCCGGUCUGUUGCCGCGCCUAAGUGCUGCGUGUCGAUGGGCAGAGCUUGCACGAUUGCACGACCAUGAUACCAUUCCCGCAGCUUACAAUGCAACAGUGCCAAUUCUGCACCGCGCUCUCACGAUGAGUCCAACUCUCUAUACGCAACAUGACUUCCUUCUACAGAAUAAGUUUUACAGAACGUACAUCCUGGAGGCUGCUUCCUACGCGGUAGAGAAAAAUCGGUUGGAGCAGGCGAUAGAGAUGCUUGAGCAAGGAAGGGGCUUUCUCUGGUCACAGCUACGCAGUUUUAGGACUCCUCUAGAUCAACUUGCAGAAACGAACCAAGAGCUCGCCGACGGAUUCAUCGAUGUCAGUCGACGGCUGGAGAACCUCACAACGUCGCGUGAAGAGUUAAUGUCUUCUUUGACUAUGGAUGGUACUGGAUCGCUUGGUCGGGUCGUCCAAUCUGAGCAUAAAUCGUUCGACGAGUUGCUCAAGUUGAAGAGACUCAUUUCCAGUGAGCAGGAGGAGAUUAUAAGCGACAUACGUCGAGUUCCAGGGUUCGAGAGCUUCCUUGAUGCCACACCAUUCGAGAAACUACAGCGAGUAGCUUCCGAUGGACCGGUUAUCGUGGUCAAUCACUGCAAAUAUCGUUCCGAUGCCCUUAUCGUCCUCUCUCGUGAUGAUUUAUCAGUCGCCUGUGUCCCGUUAGACAAUCUGUUCUAUAGAGAUAGUACCAUGCUGUGCCAAGAGCUCGUGGAGACGCGCCGUCGGUUCAGCGCUGGUUCGCAGGAAUAUAACAAGAAGCUCGAGGAAGCGAUGAAGAUGGUAUGGGACAGAGUUGUCUCUAAGGUAGUUGAUAAACUCACGCAAGUUGGAGUCGCAAAAGGCUCUCGCAUAUGGUGGUGCCCUACGUCCGUGUUGUCCGUACUUCCAUUCCACGCAGCUGGGCCGUUCGAGGAUGUGGACGGGACCAUGAAAUACCUAUUAGACGAUUAUGUCUCGUCGUAUACUCCAUCACUGGGUGCUCUCAUCAACGCUCGAGCUAAUGGUGGCAUUAACGAGCCGAAGUUACUUGUCAUCGGAGAUACGGCUACGCUCCACUCCACAAGACAAGAAAUCCGAAACAUUCGAAACUAUAUGAGCAGCUACGAAACAAGUCCUAUAAUACUCCUCGAUCACAGAGCGUCUCGGCGCACAGUAAUGAAAAUGCUCAAGACGGUUACAUGGGUUCACUUCGCCUGCCAUGGUCACUUGGGCACAAAGCCUUUCGACUCGUCAUUCAAGCUUGUCGACCGCGGAUUGACGUUGCUAGAUAUCAUCCAAGCCAACGUUCCGAAUGCAGAGUUCGCGUUUUUAUCUGCCUGCCAUACCGCCGAACUGUCUCAUUCUGGUGCACAUGAUGAAGCACUCCACCUCUCAGCGGCUAUGCAGUUCAGUGGGUUCCGAAGUGUGAUUGGGACAAUGUGGGAGCUAUACGAUGAGGAUGGCCCUCUCUUUGCUCGGGUUGUUUAUGGAUACAUGAAUGAAUGUGAGGAUGGUGAAGCAAGGUAUAAGAGGGCAGCUACAGGACUUCGGAAAGCGGCUUUGGAGCUGAGAGCGCAGGAUGGGGUGCCGACUGAACGAUGGGUUAAUUUUGUGCAUAUAGGUGCUUGAAUAAGCCCUACAGUAUGUAUGUGUGUUACAAUAGUUCUGUAAUAAAUAUGAAAAAUGUGAAUUCU